GGGUGCAGAAGUGGAUGGCGGAUGAGGGGACGGGACACGAGAGCGCCCGCGGGUGGCCAGCAACAACGGAUGGACGACGGAGAGAGGGACGAGAUUCAGGACGCCCUCGAUGAGGAGGGCCGUGAGGGUGGGAUCGGGAAGGGGGGGAUGGCAGACGAGGAAGACGAGGCAGUCAGACAGCCUGACCUGCCAGGGGAGGAGGUGGUGAUGACGUCGAGAGGCGUCGAUCGAGGGGGUCCUGCUCCUAGGUCGUCGCGACCUGAGUUGGAGCGCGCGAGGAGGGAGAAGAGGGCAGUGGGGGAGGCAGACGUCGAGGUGCGAGACACGGGCAGGGAGAAGAGGGCUCGACAGACGACGAUUGAGGAGAUGUACGACGAGGAGAAGUUGGCCGAGUUCACAGACGCGUGGCUGCAGGUCCGGAGUUCCAGAGGGUGCGGCAGGCGGCAGAGAGAGUGCCUCGCACUAUCCAGUUCCGGUUUCCCUCCUACAGGGUUACAGCGGGUGCCGGGAUCCCUUCGCAGAGGGCGAAGGUGGCGACGAUGGUCGACGAGACGCGUUGGAGAGCAUGUUGCACGGGGAUGUUUGGGCACGCAUCCCGUGGGAGCGCAGGCUUGUAUCGCAGGCGCAGUGGGUCGCAGGAUGGAUAGGGGGGGGAUGAUGAUGUCCGUCGUUUACAAGUGGAGUCAGCAUGUGCUGCGGUUGAUGAGGAGGGUCGACGUGACGACGGACAUGAUCGAGCCGUGCGUGCGUGAGGUUGCCAUCCGCAACCUCCACAUGCUAGAGCCCGCACAUGCCGCAGCCCACCUCCUCAACCCUCGUCGACGGUCCCUCACGUAUUACGAGUCGUUACAGACGAUCGCCGAUGACGCCCGUGUGGUCGAGGAGUGCGACAGAUUUCUCCUGGCGCAGACCGGCSGYGAUUCGGUCGGCWRACURUACAGGACYGUGAGGGASYAGAUGAGGCACUUCCACUCGAGGCGAGGAGAUUGGGGAGAUCGGUCCCUCUCCGAUGCCGAGGCGGACGAUUGCAGGGGGGACCGCGAGACCGAGCGUUGUGCGGCGUGGUGGUUUGACCAUGGACGCGCCCACCCGGAGUUGCGCACCAUCGCCAUCCGUGUCAUGCACUUGUGGACGUCUGCCCCUCCAGCGGAGAGGAACUGGGCGCAGCACGAGCGCAUCAACACGGCGAGGCGCUGCAAGCUUGGGUUUGCCAAGCUUGCACAGCCGGUUGAGAUUGCCACCAAUCUCAAACUGGCCUCGUGCGCAUGGCAGGGUGAGGACGAGGAUGAGGAGGGAGACGUGGAACCCGAGGUGUGGGGAGCGCGACCUGCUGGCAGUGUUCCCGAGCAGGACAUCCAGCGACAGAUUGUCGCUUUCCAUGACAGCCGACCGUCCAGAGCCCAUUCGGUUCAGGACGUGUUCAGCAAGAGGGCGACGGAGCUGCGACCGUGGCCGGAGGGUGGGGAUGAUGCGGACACUGAUGCGGGAGACGACGACAUCGACGACCAGUGGACAGGCGACAAUGACGCGCCGAUGACUGGCGACGCGACGACUGAGCGGGUGUACUUCACUUACGGUGGAAGACGUGACGGCAUGGCUUCAUUCACAUCAGUUAUCACUGGUGAUGUGUCGUCGACCGGACAGGCGAGUGCCAGCAGCAGAGCCGGUGGUCGUCGUGGAGGACGUUCGCAUGCGGAGGUUGGCGUCGAUGACUCGGGGGAGCAGGAGCCACGGGGAGCCCUUCCGCAGACAGGCAGGCGUUGGGAGGUUAGGAGUGACAGCGAGGCCGAGGAGGAGGCCGAGGAUGAGCAGGUGCCCUUCGCGAUCGUCGCUUCUCUCCCUCCCAUCAUCCGAGCACUGCACAGCCCGAGGCACUUAGGUGUUCGGAGAGGUUCGCGUCGACAGCAGGCAGAGACCGGACACAUGACGGCGAGGAUCGCGGGGGGCAGACUCCUUCCGAUGCCGGUAUCCACCCCCGCUCGCCGUCGGAGCUCCGCACACACGACUUUGAUGUCGGAGGACUUGGUGGGGGCUUGGGAGAUUUUAGUGUCGAGGGACGUUGACGUGCCUCACCGUGGGAGGUGCGCACCGGCGAGGACGUUGUGCGGGGCCGUGUUGAGAUUGAGGAGGAGGGGGAUGCCCGUUUGGACCGAGAGGAGGAGGAGCGGCUGCGGAGUUUGCCAGGAUGGGAGGGUCGGUCUGCGUAUCUUGAGGAGCAACGUCGGCAGAGGGAGUUGGAGACAGGAGGGGGGGGAGGCCGUGACGUCGACGACUCGGGUGUCCCUAAGGAGGCAGUUCAGGGGGAGUUCGUUGAUGAGGGACAGGAUGCCGCCGCGGGUGGUGGGUCAGGUGGUGGACGACGUGGCGACGGGGAGACCGCAGGUGAUGAGGGGCAGGAUGUUGCCGUGGGCGGUGGGUCCCCUCGUGGAGGACAUGGCGACGGCGAGACCGCGGGUGAUGAGGGACAGGGUGCCGCCGUGUGUGGCAGGGGAGAGGGUAGACCCGGUGGAGAUGGGGAUACCGUGGGUGUUGGGGGAGAUGAUUGACCGGACGGAGAUAAUGACGACGACCACGGUCCCGAGGACGAUGCGUAUAGGCUUGCCUUGCGGCGUGAGAGGGAGGGAGUCCGGAGCGGGUGAGGCGGGGUCCGGCAGACACAGCGAGGGCGGCAGAGACAGUGCAGGAUCAAUGCCUCCACCGCUCGCACGGGCUCCGGAGGCUGGCGUCGACGCCGAGGACCAGACGGCAGCACCCGAAGUUCCGCACAGUGGCGGUUCCCCGCCGACAGUCCGAGGUGGUGUGGGUGGCGGAUGGUCAGCUGUUCGUCAGGUCGGGGACCGGUUGUGGGCGGAUUACGACGGCGGGAGGGGCGUUUUCGCGGGACGUACGCCAGUUCAGACGCUGGCUGCGGAGGGUGGGUCCGGACGUCCGAGCCUGCAGAUGGCAGGCCGCAUACUCGGUUUGUCACGAGCGGCGACGAGGAGAUCAUUGGUCCUUGAGGCCGCAGGGACAUCCACGGACAGGCUGCGGGGACAGCAGUACACAUCGGGCGAGGAGGGGUUGUUGAUGUGUCCCGGGACGAGACGACAGCGCGGCCUCUCGGAGGUUGAGGCUCGACUCGCGGCAGAGGUCGCCGCUGGCCAGGCAGCAUUGGACGCGAUUCAGAGGGAGAGAGAGAUGGGGAUUGCUGCACGGGCGGCGGAGGACGAGGACGCAGACACAGAGUCCAAGCGGAUCGAGACUGCGCCCCGCAGACAGGGCACAGGUGGCCGCGGCAGCCGCUGCAGCACAGGCGGCAUACCUCAGCGGGGCACAGGGCACAGGUGCCGGAAGGAGAGGAGGGCGCCGGGGAGGACCGCAUGGCCGCCCGUCCUCCGGGAGAGGCCGCGCGCGCUCUGGAGGGAGAUGACGACGUCCGUGGUUUUUUUUUAUUUCAUUAGUGUUUUUUUUUUUGCGUGGCUGGACGCUCUGUCGGCCGGGUUGUUGCAUAUUUAUGUCGAUGUUGUUCCAUGGAGACGACGACAGUAUGUGGAUGCUACUCGGUUUUACGGUAGAGACGACGGGUCCAGUUUUUGGCUUCAGCCUUGUACAUACGCAUUUCCAUUGAAAUGCUCUGUCAUUUAUUUGCUCUUGUUCGUGUUCCUCUUCCAACCUUGGUUUUGCAUCUAAGUCGCUGUUGUUUGGUGAGUGGUUUCUGUUUUGUUGUCGUAAUUGUUGCAAAUUAUGUGCUUCUCCGAUGCCACGCACCUGCAUGUCAUGGAUGCCUCCAUUAUGAAUGUGCUGUUAAUUUCGGAUGCCAAAUAGGGAUGAUGUGCUAAUGAAUGUGUUUUUACACA